CGGACUGAAGGAGAAAGAGUUUUUCAGUAGGUGCCUGAGCCUGACCUGGACGUGGAUCCAAAUGAAAUGAAUAAAGUACCAGGACCCCCGUCCUCCUCCCCCCUCCCUGCACCCUCUCCUAACCUGCCCCAGCCUAACUUCUCACCCACUCCACCCCCAUCUAUGGUUUUUGCCACGCCCACUCCACCUCCAAUGAACCCCGUGGGCCCACCCCGACAGCCGUACUACCCUGUUCGGCCCACGUUACCCCAAAACCCCUCCCGAGCACAGGCAAGCUCCGCUCCACGUCCCAUCCCUCAAACGCCACAUGGGACACACACCCCUCACGUCUUCCAGACAGGCUCCCAAAUGAUGAUGAUCCAACCGCAGCCAAUCAGCUUUCCUAACUCGCAGGCUCCUGCAUACUACAUUUCCGGCCAGUACCGCCCCUCGUUCGUUUCUCCUCAGCAGUACCAGGUCGCUGGAUCUCCGAACUUUUAUCCUGGAAGCAGUCAAGCUGAGUAUGCUGGAGCGUACUACCCCGCCCAACCCCAGUUCACACCUCCUGUAGCCCCAGCACCUGUCCUCAUGAAUCCUGCCCCUCAGCAGCAGCAAGCCCCGCCCCCUCCUCAGCAUGCAGCACCGGCCAAACGGGAACGCAAACAGAUAAUAAUACGAGACCCUAACCAAGGAGGCAAAGAUAUCACAGAGGAGAUAAUGUCCGGGGGCCGCAGCGCCUCCACACCCACGCCUCCACAGUCAGUUCUGUCCACAUCAGAGGGUGGAGCCAUCACACAGUCUAAUGGUGAAAAAGCCACGCCCCCUGUUGCCGCAGCCAGAACAGAUGAGCGUGUAAAGCCUGUAGUGUCCCUGGAGUUCCCUGUUCCCCCAGGGGAAAGCCCUAUCCCAGAUGCCCCGCCCACUCCACCUCCCACCAGCCCAAUCAGUGAGACAGUUGAUGCUCCGCCUCCUGCCAUGGAUAAAGCUACGCAACCCAAAGAUGCGAGUCAGCAGAACCCGAAGCCCUCAUCAGCAGGUGCUCCUUCAAACGUUUCUACAGAGAAUGGGGCGGGGCUAGCAAGAGUAUCUAUUUUUCUUCCUGCUUUGGGGGCGGAACCAGCACUCGAGUCUCCAAUAGCACAGCCAGAGGAGCUUCAGCUUGUAAACGGUUUAACUGCAGACACAACCAACAGAGACAUCAGCCCUCUUGCUGAGCCUGACAUCACAAAAGAGGCUCUGCCUAUUAUCGAGGAACACUCACCACGGACUACCAAAGCUGUCGUCAAGGUAGCUCCUGCUCCUGUUGCCAGUGAGGUGGCGCCCCUUCCGGCCAACAAGGAAGCUUAUGUCUCGAGUGUCAAAGAAACACCAGCCUCCGUGCUGACACCCACACCGGUCGUUGCAGGGAUUUCUUCUAUUCCUGUUGUAACAGAAACCCUGCCUAAGGUUGCCAAGGAUACCCCCUCAUUAUCUGUCAAAGAGAUCCCUGCACCAGUUGCCAAGGAAACCACUGCUUCAGCCGCAAAGGAGUCCCCGGUUAUAAACAAGACCCCGGUUGUCCCAGUGACCCCGGCCGUGAAGGAGACCCCGGUUGUCCCAGUGACCCCGGCCGUGAAGGAGACCCCGGUUGUCCCAGUGACCCCGGCCGCAAAGGAGAUCCCGGCCGCAAAGGAGACCCCGGUUGUCCCAGUGACCCCGGCCGCAAAGGAGACCCCGGUUGUCCCAGUGACCCCGGCCGCAAAGGAGACCCCGGUUGUCCCAGUGACCCCGGCCGCAAAGGAGACCCCGGUUGUCCCAGUGACCCCGGCCGCAAAGGAGAUCCCGGUUGUCCCAGUGACCCCGGCCGCAAAGGAGAUCCCGGUUGUCCCAGUGACCCCGGCCGCAAAGGAGAUCCCGGUUGUCCCAGUGACCCCGGCCGCAAAGGAGAUCCCGGUUGUCCCAGUGACCCCGGCCGCAAAGGAGAUCCCGGCCGCAAAGGAGUUCCCGGUUGUCCCAGUGACCCCGGCCGCAAAGGAGUCCCUGGUCGUUAAGGAGAUCGCGGUUGUCCCAGUGACCCUCGCUGCAAAGAUUUCCCCGGUUGUCCCAGUGACCCCGGCCGCAAAGGAGACCCCAGUUGUCCCAGUGACCCCGGCAGUUAAGGAGACCCCGGUUGUCGCAGUGAUCCCGGCCGUUAAAGAGACCCCGGCAGUUAAGGAGACCCCGGUUGUCCCAGUGACCCCGGCAGUUAAGGAGACCCCGGCUGUAAAGGAGGCCGCGGUUGUCCCAGUGACCCUCGCCGUAAAGGAGACCCCAGCUGUGAAGGAGACCCCUCCUCCAGCUGCCACAAAAACUAGCAAGCCUGUUGUCAAAGAAACUGUUGUCAAGGAUCCUUGUCCUGUUGGUAAAAAGACCUCAGAACCCAUCGUCAAGGAAACCCCAAGUCCCUCGGAGCCUGCCUGUGUUGCUCCCAAAGCCACACCUCAUCCUCCUCCUCCUGCCUCUGUUGAGGACAGAGAGGACACGCCCCCUCCACAGGCAGCGCCACCAGAGAGCACUAUGCAAGCUGUUUCUGUGCCAAAGAAGAAGAGAAAGUUGAAGGACCUAAACAAGAAGGAGACUGGUGAUGUGCUGGAUGCCUUUAAAGAGCCGCCACCACCACCGAAGACUGAAGCCACGCCCCCUGCAAAAUCGGAGCAAGCCGAGCCUGUCCCUGUAGCUCCGCCCCCUGUAGAAGACGUGGAAGAGACCUGGGAGGAAAAGGAGGACAAGCUCGAUGCCGAAAACAUUCAGCCACCCAGCCCUGCCCCAGCCACGCCCACCGAGCAAAAAUACCAGUACAAAGAGGAACAGUGGAAACCGCUGAACCCUGAGGAGAAGAAGAAAUAUGACCGCGAGUUUCUGCUGGGCUUUCAGUUCAUCAGCGCCAGCAUGCACAAACCAGAGGGUCUCCCUCACAUCAGUGACGUGGUGCUGGAUAAGGUGAAUAAAACUCCUCUGCGGCCGUUGGACAUCAGCAGGAUGAACUGUGGUCCAGACUUCACCCCCUCAUUUGCUCUUUUGGGCCGACAGCCAUCUGGUGGGCGUGGCCCGCCUGUGGGUUUGCCCGGCCCGAGGCGCUCGGGUCAGUCCGGGUCGCGUAAGGAGCCAAGGAAGAUCGUCCUGUCCGGAGUGUCCCUGAAUGACGACAUUCAGCUGAACAAGGCGGAGAAGGCGUGGAAGCGAGGGGGCGGAGCUGACCAGGAGGACCUGGAGUCGGUAAAGACACAGGAUCUGCUGCGGCGUGUCCGGGGUGUCCUGAACAAACUGACCCCUCAGAUGUUCCAGCCACUGAUGAAGCAGAUCACGGAGAUGACCAUUGACACAGAGGAGCGGCUAAAGGGCGUGAUAGACCUGGUGUUCGAGAAAGCCAUCUCCGAGCCCAACUUCUCUGUCGCCUACGCGAACAUGUGCCGCUGCCUCAUCGGGUUGAAAGUGCCUAGCGGCGAUAAACCAGGCAAGCCGGGUGUGAAUUUCCGAAAGCUUCUCCUGAACCGCUGCCAGAAAGAGUUUGAGAAGGACCAGGACGAUGACGAGAUUUUUGAGAAGAAACAAAAGGAGCUUGACGCUGCCGCUGAGGAGGUGCGCCAGCGUCUAAAAGAGGAAUUAGAAGAGGCGAAGGACGCGGCACGGCGCCGCUCGCUCGGCAACAUCAAGUUUAUAGGUGAGCUCUUCAAGCUGAAGAUGCUCACAGAGAACAUCAUGCACGACUGCGUGGUCAAACUGCUGAAGAACCACGACGAGGAGAGCCUGGAGUGUUUGUGCAGGCUGCUGUCCACCAUCGGCAAGGACCUGGACUUCGAGAAGGCCAGGCCUCGUAUGGAUCAGUAUUUUAACCAGAUGGACAAGAUCAUUAAAGAAAAGAAGACGUCAUCCAGAAUCCGCUUUAUGCUGCAAGACGUCAUCGACUUAAGACGAAAUAACUGGGUGCCCAGGCGAGGAGAUCAGGGCCCCAAGACCAUCGAGCAGAUCCAUAAGGAUGCCGAGAUGGAGGAGCAGCGAGAGCAGAUUAAAGUCCAGCAGCAGCUCAUGUCCAGGAAGGAUUCACGAGGAGGAGGAGGGGGAGGGGGAGGAGGCGGUGGAGGAAGUGGUGUGACCCUGGGCCCUCGGGGUGUUGGCCCCGCUUCACACCGCGGAAACCCUCCACAAGACGACGGCUGGAACACGGUGCCCAUCUCCACCAAGAACCGGCCCAUCGACACCAGUCGCCUCAGCAAGAUCACCAAGCCUGGAGCCAUGGACUUUAACAACCAGCUUCUUGCCCCUGGUGGCAAAGGAUCAUGGGGCAGCUGGGGCAAAGGGAGCAGUGGAGGCUCGGGGGAUAAACCCCGUGAUAGUGCUCAAGACUCGAGCCGUACGAGCACACUGAAUCGCUUCUCCGCCCUGCAGCAGACUCCUUCCUCCACCUCAUCCUUGUCCUCCUCCAACGUGGAGACCGAUAGGAGAGUUCCACAAAGGAACAGCUCGAGUCGAGAGCGCAGUGACCAGCGUGGUCCAGACCGAAACCGGCCCGCCAUCAGUAAGCGCAGCUUCAGCAGAGACAAAGACGAGUGGGAGCAGAGACCGGCCGAGACGGUGCGGCGAGUCGCUAGCAUGACCGACGAGCGGGAGCGAGCUAGAGAGCGAGAACGAGAGCGCGAGAAAGAACGACCACCGAGCAAAGACAGCGUAAAGCGAGAACCUGUCGCCACACCACCUCCUGCUCCGUCUAAACCAGCUCUGAGCCCCGAGGAACUUGAGAAGAAAUCCACGGCCAUCAUUGAGGAGUACUUGCAUAUCAAUGACAUGAAGGAGGCGCUGCAGUGUGUGAGCGAGCUGAACUGCGCCUCAUUGCUCUACUUGUUUGUGAGGACCGGAAUCGAGUCGACUCUGGAGCGCAGCACCAUCGCCAGAGAGCACAUGGGCUUACUGCUGCACCAGCUCGUCAAGGCGGGAACGCUGUCGGCACAGCAGUACUACAAAGGGCUGAUGGAGGUGCUGGAGGUGGCUGAGGACAUGGCCAUAGACGUGCCUCAUAUCUGGGAUUACCUGGCUGAGCUGAUCACACCCAUGCUGCACGAGGGCGGGAUUCCCAUAGGCGCGCUCUUCAGGGAAGUGUCGAAGCCUCUGGUACCUAUCGGCAACGCUGGACUUCUGUUGGCACACAUCCUGACCCUGCUCUGCAAAGGAAUGAGCCAUAAGAAGGUCGGAGCCAUGUGGAGGGAGGCGGGGCUUAGCUGGAAGGACUUCCUGUCUAAAGACGAAGAUGUCAACAAAUUUGUGACUGAGAAGGGAGUAGAGUACACGCUGGGUGAGGAGAGUGUAAAAGUUGGUAGCAGUAGGAAAUCCCUGAGCAUGGAGGAGAUCUCCAAACAUCUGGACCAGCAUUUACAGGACAAAGCUGACAAUCCAUGCAUCUACAACUGGGUGGAGGCGAACCUGGACGAGCAGCAGGUUUCCUCAAACACCUUUGUGCGAGCUCUGAUGUCCUCCGUCUGUCAGGCUGCUAUCGUUUGUGAAACCCCAUAUAAAGUGGAGGCUAAAGAGAUUACCCAGAGGGCCAAGCUGCUCCAGCGCUACAUUAAUAACGAGCAGAAGGAGUUGCAGGCGCUCUACGCCUUACAGAGCCUCAUGGUGCGGAUGGAGCAGCCGCCAAACUUGUUGCGAAUGUUUUUUGACACGCUUUACGACGAGGACAUCAUUAAGGAAGACGCUUUCUACAAAUGGGAGGCGAGCAAAGAUCCUGCCGAGCAGCAGGGAAAGGGCGUCGCCCUCAAAUCCGUCACAGCCUUUUUCACUUGGCUCCGCGAGGCCGAGGAGGAAUCGGACAACAGCUAAAGCCCUGGCUCCGCCUACUGGAGAGCGUUUCACAAUCUUUCUGGAGUUGAAACAAGAAGCUUUUCUUUUUUUUUUUCUUUUGAAAGAGGAUAAAAUUUAACCUUUGGAUCAUGAUUUUUUUUUCAUUGUUUUUUUUCUUCUGGUUUUACGCUAAGGAAUGUUUUUGAGCCGAAACUGUUGAUUAUGAAACUUCCACACUUCACCUAGAGGAUAAAGAAGUCUGUUCCGUUAACGUUUCAUUCGUUCGUGACAUCAGCUUGGUGUCGCUAAACUCACACUUUCGCCUGCGAUGUGUCACUGAUUACCGAAAGCUGCUCAGAGCUCCAUAUAUUUUUGAAACUCAUUGACUGUCGUGUUGAGAGAAACUCUUUACUCUGCGCUGGAGAAUUAAGUGCUGUGUCUAUUUUAUUUACCUUCUCCCUGCUUAAUUUCGUUAAACAGGGCAAAAAGGGCAAAAUCCAGAGCUGUGAUUGGUGUAAAAGGGGGCGGGGACUUACUUCCUGACAGCUCUGUGUGAUGCAAAAAAAGAAAAAGAAAAAAAAAGGGAGAGAGAUGGCGAUUGGAUUUUGAACUUCUUUUUUUUGGCUAUUGCUGCUGCUGAGGGGGGCAGAGUUACACUAAUCGCCACCUGAACUUUUCUGAUUUAACUUUUUGUCCACUAAAAUAAAAACGAAAAAAUGAAAAAAAGGACAAAAAAACUGGUUUACUGAAUCAGUGUGAAUCCUGUAGUGCAUUUUAUAAAUUCAAUCAAUACUAAAACUUAAAAAAAAAAAUUCAUUGACUAAGCUAGGUUACAUGUAACAAAGGCAGAAGUGUUAAAUAAUAAAAUAAUAAAAAAAUAAAUAAUUUUUUUUUUAAAGUAAGGCAAAAAAACAGUACAAGCAGCGUGAAAAGCCGUUUCCGCUAGCAUAACGCAUUUCAGGAGAGUCCUGUAAAUAUUUAGUUUUUUGAUUGUUUUUGUUUAAAAUUUUCAAUAAUAAAAAAUGCUAACUUUAAACAA